GUUUACGUGAGAUUUCAACGUUCUAAAAUUUAUUACAACUUGCUUUAUAAUAUAAUAGAGUUUUAUGCCGCCUCCAUCAAUAUCUUACAGAUCUCUAUGUAUUAGUGAAAUUAACAGAAGUAUAAGUGACAAUUCGCUCAAAGAAGAAAUCUACAAAAAAUUUGAAAAGUUUGGAGAUUUUUUUAAUAUUAAAAUAUCAUUCUUCAAUAAUCAACGAGUUGCUUAUAUCAAUUUUACAUAUGAUGAAGAUGCAAGAAGAGCAUGUCAAGAAUUUCACAGUUUGCAUUUAUUUGGAAGAUCAGUUAAAGUUGAGCCUGUCCCUAUUAAAACUAGAAAUAGGUAUAGAGAUAGCAGAAGUCCCCCUAGCCCAUAUUUUAGAAAAAGAAUUACUGAGGAAUCACCUACAUCAUACUCAUCCUUGAAUCAUGAGAUACGCUCUACUGCUCAAAAACCAUACAGAGAAGAAUACUAUGAUGAAUAUUCACCCAAAGAAUUCUAUUACAGGGAGCAACCUAUGAAACCCCGGUAUGUUGAUGAAUUUGUUCAUGAAGAAGAUUAUAGAAACCAUCAAUCAUUUAAACCUAUCAAAUACAAAAAUGAAUGGUUUUAUCCAUUAGACGCAACAAGAAGUUUAUUUAUUGGUAGUAUACCAGAGGAUAUUACAGAAGAUGAUUUGUAUAAAAUAUUCAAGCCAUUUGGUCCUAUAACAGAUGUUGACAUAAAAAGGGCCACAAAAGGAAAAAAUAACACUUAUGCAUUUGUCAAAUUUUUUACAUUAGACUAUGCGCUUAAAGCUAGAGAGGAAAUGCAAGGCCAACUUAUAGGAAAAAUACCAUGUAAAAUUGGAUUUGGAAAGCCUACACCAACAAAAAAGCUAUGGAUUGGAGGAUUAGGCACAUGGACAACUCUUGGUUUGCUGGAGAGAGAAUUUGAUAAAUUUGGACCCAUUCUUAAGAUUGAUUAUUUAAAAGGAGAUUCUUUUGCAUUUAUAUUAUAUGACACAGUAGAUUCAGCUGAAAUUGCUUAUCAUGAGAUGAAGGGUAUAGAAUUAGCAGCUGAACUUUCCCCAAAUACUAGAAUAAUGACAGAUUUUUCAGACACAAAAAGUACUUUUUAUGAUGGCACAGGUGUUAGCAAUUUCCUUGAAUCAUAUCACAAACCUGUUAAUUAUCUCACCACUAUACGUAGGCAACCACCACCUCACAAAAGCUCUGGCUAUUAUGCAGAUGGAAGGGAAAUGAUUUACGAAACCCAGGAAUAUGAAUACAAAAGGGUUCCCAAAAAACACAGAUCUCCUCGUUAUGAAAUGGCUGAAAGGGAGGAAGGAGAAAUGGCAGAAGAUGGUGAGGCACAUCCAUCAAUGAAAAGAAAAUCUAAAAAAAAUGUCUCUGUAUCUCCCCCACCAAAGAGAAAUAGGUCUGCCAGCUCUGAAUACUAUGAAUCCCAUGAAAGAAAGCGAACUGUCCGUGAUGGCAAUAAAUUUAAUUCUGGCUCCCAUAAAAAACGAGAAAGAAAUGGGGAACAAAAUGCACCUCCACCCAAAAACAAUCCGAAUGAUGUUUAUUUUAGUGGAUCCUCCAGUCGAAGCAAAAGUAGCUCCUCAUACCAAAGUAAUUCAAACAAAUCAUCUCCACAUGCCAAUGAUAAUCAUGGUAAAAAAGUUAAAAAAACUCAUACUAGUUCACAAAAGCCGCACAAAAAUAGGCAGGAAAAAAGUAAUGCAAAAACAGGGGAAAAAUAUCACAGGGGCUCAUCUUCUGCCAGCAGCCACAGUAAAAGCCCAUCAGACAUGUCACACAAAGCUAGUCCAAACAAGAAAAGACCUAAUAAUGUUAAUAAUAAUGAGAGCGAAACUUUAAAAAAUAAUAAAUCACUCCUAGGCAAAACAACAUUGGAGAUGGAAACAAGCGAGAGAGAAAGGAUUACUAAAUGCACUUCUUUGGAUUCCUUGCUAAAAAUGCUUGAACCAUCAGCAUGGACAGGUGAUUUUACUAUCAAAAAUAGUGCUUUUCCUCUAUCCCUAUAUCAUGUCAAAAAGGGGGACCCCAUAUUUGCUAAAACUCAGGUCCUUCCAUCUCUUCAUAAACAAUCUGAGCUUCAAAUAGUACAAAGAUUUAGGCUUGAUUCCUCAAAGAUUGAUGAUAUGGCAAAACUUAUUAAUAAAAAUAGUAUCUAUAAUAGUAUAAACAUGGCAGCCAAUUCUAUAAAAAUUGACCCAGAGGAUGUUCAUUGCAUAUUUUUGGCCCUUGACAGGUCUCCCAAAGAAUCCUCUACCAAUAAUGAUAAAAUAGAUCCAAAAUCCCAUAAAAGACUUCUCAAAGAUCUUAUCCAUUAUUUGAAACAAAAGAAUGCAGCUGGAGUAGUUUUCCUAGAUCAGAGUCCUCCAGGGUUGGAGCAGUCAGAUGAACAUGGUAAUGAUAACAUUUUGUAUGCUUUUCCUCCCUGUGAAUUUACCAAGCAAUUUUUCAGCAUUAAUUUCCCAAAUAUCUUGUUGCCCGGUGAAGAUGGUGGUGGUAGCAGUAUUCAAUAUUAUCUUUUGAUUGUCAUUUUAAAAGGGGCUUCCAAAAAGAAGCAUUAAUUAUGAUCAAGGGUAGAGCUACUAUAUCACAUUAAUUUUAUCAUUAUAAUUGAAAAGUUUCUUCUCAUUCAAAGGUUUUUUUAGAAAAAAUUGCUUUCACAAAGUUGGUAAGCCAAUAUUACUCUUACAUAUAUUUUUUAUGUUUUGAUUUCUUGUUUAAAUAGUUUUACAUUAUUAAUUUCUUUAUGUAAUUUAGUUAUUCACCUUUUUUUGUCACCAUUUAUUAUAGUGUACACAGAUAAGACACCCUAACAUUUUGAUUUUCAAAUAUUAUGUUUUAUAUAAGUAAAAAUUAAAAUUUAACAAAUAUAAAUAUAUAUUUAGAUUUAUUCGUGCAGAUAUAUUCAUCAAGUUAUUUUAUCC